AUGGCGACAGCCGUUCUCCUCAGAUCUCUUGGCCGCCGCGAAAUUACAUCCGCUCCUCUUAAUGUUUACAAAACUUUGAAUGGAAAUACGAAGCCAGCAUGGGCUUUGGGUAACAAGUGGGCUGGUUUUGUAAGGCCAUUCAGCACACAACCAGCUGGGAAUGAUGUUAUCGGAAUUGACCUGGGCACCACAAACUCCUGUGUUGCUGUCAUGGAGGGCAAGACUCCUAAAGUUAUUGAAAACUCGGAGGGUGCUCGUACCACUCCAUCAGUUGUUGCUUUUAACCAAAAACGAGAGCUUCUGGUUGGUACACCGGCUAAACGGCAGGCUGUCACCAAUCCCACCAACACAAUCUUUGGUACCAAACGUCUAAUCGGUAGGCGUUUUGAUGAUCCUCAGACCCAAAAGGAAAUGAAGAUGGUUCCAUAUAAAAUUGUCAGGGCCCCUAAUGGAGAUGCAUGGGUUGAAGCCAGCGGACAGCAGUACUCACCAAGCCAAAUUGGUGCUUUUAUUCUGACUAAGAUGAAGGAAACUGCAGAGGCUUAUCUUGGGAGGUCUGUCAACAAGGCUGUGAUAACGGUACCAGCUUAUUUUAAUGAUGCUCAAAGGCAAGCCACCAAGGAUGCUGGGAGAAUUGCAGGACUUGAUGUGCAAAGAAUUAUAAACGAGCCUACUGCAGCCGCACUUUCCUAUGGUAUGAAUAACAAAGAGGGUCUUAUUGCUGUAUUCGAUCUUGGAGGUGGAACUUUUGAUAUUUCCAUCCUGGAGAUUUCAAAUGGCGUCUUUGAGGUGAAAGCCACUAACGGCGAUACAUUUUUGGGAGGGGAGGACUUUGAUAAUACUCUGUUAGAAUUUUUGGUUAGUGAGUUCAAGAGAACUGAGGGUAUAGAUUUGUCCAAGGACAGGCUUGCCCUGCAGAGACUUCGAGAGGCGGCUGAGAAAGCAAAGAUAGAACUUUCAUCGACAUCACAGACUGAAAUCAACUUACCUUUUAUCACUGCUGAUGCAUCUGGUGCAAAGCAUUUGAAUAUAACACUGACCCGAUCAAAGUUUGAGGCUUUGGUGAACCAUUUGAUUGAAAGGACUAAGCCCCCUUGCAAGAGCUGUUUAAAGGAUGCUGGAAUUUCUACUAAGGAGGUUGAUGAGGUCCUCCUCGUUGGAGGGAUGACUCGUGUACCCAAAAUUCAGGAAGUUGUUUCAGAAAUUUUCGGCAAGACCCCGAGCAAAGGGGUUAACCCUGACGAAGCAGUUGCCAUGGGAGCUGCAAUUCAGGGUGGUAUCCUCCGUGGUGAUGUGAAAGAGUUGCUUCUCCUAGAUGUUACUCCCCUGUCACUUGGUAUUGAGACAUUGGGAGGUAUCUUCACCAGAUUGAUUAACAGAAAUACAACUAUUCCUUCAAAGAAGAGUCAGGUGUUCUCAACAGCUGCUGACAACCAAACUCAGGUGGGUAUUAAAGUAUUGCAAGGAGAGAGGGAGAUGGCUUCUGACAACAAGCUCCUUGGUGAAUUUGAUCUUGUGGGUAUUCCUCCAGCUCCUAGAGGCAUGCCCCAGAUAGAAGUUACAUUUGACAUCGACGCAAAUGGAAUUGUAACUGUUUCUGCAAAGGACAAGACCACUGGUAAAGAGCAGCAGAUCACCAUUAGGUCAUCUGGUGGCCUAUCAGAAGACGAUAUUGAGAAGAUGGUCAAGGAGGCCGAGGCACAUGCUCAGAAAGAUCAAGAAAGAAAGGCUUUAAUCGAUCUUAAAAAUAAUGCUGACACCACCAUAUACAGUAUCGAAAAGAGCUUAAACGAAUAUAGGGAUAAGGUUCCGAGUGAAGUCGUGUCAGAAAUUGAGUCGGCCAUCACAGAUUUGAGAACCGCUAUGGAUGGUGAGAAUAUUGAUGAGAUUAAGGCUAAGCUUGAUGCAGCAAACAAAGCAGUGUCAAAGAUUGGACAGCACAUGUCUGGUGGUUCAGGUGGUAGUUCUUCAUCUGGAGGUGCAAAGGGUGGCGACCAGACACCGGAGGCAGAGUAUGAGGAGGCAAAGAAGUAG